AUGGCAUCUUGCAGUCCUGGACGGUACGGCAGAGGUUGUCUGAAAUUAUGUGGUCACUGUGUCGGCAAUAAGACGUGUCAUCAUGUCAACGGAUUAUGUCCUGGAUUAUGUCAGCCUGGGUAUCAGCAGGAGAAAUGCAAUGAAACCUGCAAUGAUGGCUGGUAUGGCAGAGAAUGUAAAGAAUCUUGUGGUUACUGCAGAGGUAACAAACCGUGUCAUCACGUGACCGGAUCUUGUUUGGGGUUGUGUGAACCUGGGUAUUCUGGAGAUAAAUGUGAAGAAAGCGAGUUUUCUCAACUCCUUCCAAUCCAAAGGAAAAUGUUGAACUCUGUAAGAGAAUUGCUUUCUUUUAAAAGUCGAAAAGUUGAACUAAAAGCAAACGGCACAUCCCCCACUGACUUCAGAUAAGAGAAA